AUGAAUGUCGCCGGCUACUUCUGUAGUCAGACAGACAAGGAUGAUAUCGAAUAUCGGCCUCUUCGCGCUGCAAGUCCUACCAGUGAACAUGGUGGAUCCUCUUACACAGUUUGUUCCUCUCCCAGGAGUAGGCCGUCAUGCUCGCAAAUACGAAAAAGACGCUUCGGCCCAUGGGUGGCUGCAUUCCUCGGAAUUCUCUUAAUAUUACUCUCAUUCUUUCUGCUGACAUUCGUCGUCGAACGUUAUGCCGUCUAUAACUUCGAAGCUUCUGGCCUUGCACUAGCCGAUCCCGUCGAGAACUACGGCGACACAUCAGAGAGUGCCAAACGAUGGGUUGAAGUCUUGUCUCCUCAAGUUUCACCUGUUAUGGUUCAUUCUCACAACGAUUAUCUACGACCUCGGCCACUGUUCUCCGCUUUGUCUGUCGGUUGCGCAAGUGUAGAGGCAGAUGUCUGGCUGAGCAGCAACGGUGAAGACCUCCUGGUUGGGCAUCACUGGUGGAAUCUCACGCCGGAGAAAACACUCAAAUCACUUUAUGUGGAUCCCUUGGCACAGAUACUCGACUCAUUCAACUCACCACAGUUCGUUGGUGACCUGGAUGGUCAUGACCAACCGUUGGGCGUUUUUGCUAAUGAGCCUAACAAAACACUGAUCCUGUUCAUUGAUGUUAAAGACGAUCCAGCCAAGACUUGGCCAGUGGUUCUCAAACAUCUCGAACCACUACGAAGUAAAGGCUAUCUGUCGUACCACUCUAAACUACCUUCCAAGCCCUCAGACGACUCGUUUCAAUCUGGCCCAAUAACAGUCGUUGGAACGGGAAACAUUGGCAAACGUCGCGAUGUGAACGUUGGUCCAGAUCUGGCAAAAUGGGAACAGUACCACGAUGUCUUUCUGGACGCAUCACUGGACCUACUUCCUAAUCCAGGGUUCUGCCAAAGAAACGACAGUUUGUGUCGCGAAGUGGGAGAGAACGAGUUUUACACUGCUUCCGUCUCACUCUGGAGAGCUAUCGGGACCGUCAUUCCUUAUUUCAGCAACUCACAAAAAGAGUCGAUGCGAAACCAAGUUCAGCUCGCAAAAAGACUGAACCUCAAAUCGAGGUACUGGGAACUACCAGGGUGGCCAGUGUCCCGCAGGAACUAUGUCUGGAGGACACUUGCACACGAAGGCGUUGAUCUGCUGAAUGCCGAUGAUAUUCUCAAAUGCGAUGAAGCAAAGCCUCAUUGUCAGGUUUGCAUAUCACGCGGCGUUCAGUGUGGAGGUUAUCAACGCGGUCUGAGAUGGUCUACCAAGCACGAGAAAACCACGGAGCUAAUCGACCACAAAUUCCGGACUUCGCCAAAACAGGCGUGUAUCACCAAGAAGCGUCGCGGUCGACCUCCAAAGCGACAGCCAGAUUUGGAAUCAACGGCAUCUUUCACCACCGCGGGUUCUGUGUACAGUUCUAAUGACGCGAACCAAGGUGUUUUUGGCGAAUUUAUGCUGGAAAACGCCUCGCCGGUUGCAUAUCAGCAGAAUAAUAACCAGCUUUCCGAGUUACAUACAAUUCCACAGAUCAAUGACUUUGCUUCCGAGUUCUCGCUCGACAUGCCCAUUGAGGGUCUUCCCGUGGACGAGUUUCAGUGGGCAGACGCGCUGAACUUGACUCCUACACUCGAAGAGUUUACCAACAACACCGAACUCGCCUUGUUUCCAGUCCAUCAAAAUUACUCGACACUGUUUGUACCUUCACCGAUGACUGAUCUCCCAUCUCAGCUUGUUGAGUACUGGUUUCGCGAUGUUUGUUCGCUGUGGUCCCAAUACGAUUCUCCAAGCAACGCAAACCGCAUGAUGGCUACGGCUCUUUGGUCAACUUCUGAAGCGGUCUCUACUAGUCUUCAGAGCAUGUCGGCAGCGUAUCUCUCAUCCAAGAUGCCCGAUAUGAAGAAGACAUCUAUCUCCAUGAUGAAGAAUGCCACGGAUGUCAUUGAGGCGGAAUUGCGCGUUGUAAAAUCAUCGCCGAAUCUCGAUACAGUGCCAAUGGGUCUGAUAUAUGGCCUGUUCUGCCUAGGAACAAGUAUUUGCUGGCUGAACGCCACGCAGCUGGGAAUACCGUUCCUCAAAGAGGCCAAGGCUCUUCUCCAUCGGAUCAAUAAGCAAAAACGCCGCCUUACCGAGGAGGAGCGAAAACUUUUAAGCAUCUUUAACAAGAGCUGGACAUAUUGUGAGAUGUUGCUAUCAGUGGUUUCAGACACAAAUUCGUACAUCUCAUAUGAAGCUGAAGAGGCGGAGGAAAUUGACGAUAUCAGCAUGGACGAGUAUCCAACUGCUGCACCCAGUGAACCUAUCCUGGAUGACAUGCCACACCCUUGGACAGGCGUUUCGAAUACAGUCUCUCGACUACUAACGCGGACGCUAAGGCUCUGUCGAAAUUAUCGAUACCAUGUCAAACAUCCGGGGCCUUUUGCUACCCGUGACCACGCCACGGCUUUGAACAUGAUUGAAGCAGCCAAGCUGUUGGAAGAAAAGCUCUUAGGCCUAGAUUUCGAGUCUGCACCCGCGAAUACUGAAACUGGUGACCAGAAAACACCAUGUCGACAUCUUGUCAAUGUCGCGGAGGCUUACCGCCUGGCUGGACUGAUCCACAUCUACCAAACCUUCCCCGAACUGGUCCUCUUGAGAUUGCCUGACAGUAUAUCGGGCCCAGCAGAUGCCCAGAUUCCAUGGGAAGAAUGUAUCACACCGUUGAGUCUUCGUCUGACAAGGUUAAUUGAACAACUCCCUGCCGAUUCUGGCAGUAAGAUGACACAGCCACUCCUCUGUAUCACAGCCAGCACUGGACUACGAUUCGAACCUUCCGAGACCUCACCGUUGAGCCCAGAGUCUCAGGCACCACUCGCCACGCCAACGCCGUUCGAUCUUGGUAGCACAGAGAACUGCGGGCUAUCCGACUACAUUGGCCAACUGAUCCAAGCAGAUGAAGACAUCGACCGCCUGUCCAACACCACAGAAUCUCGACUUAAAAUUGUCGAUGCACGAUGUUUCAUCGUUGGUCGGCUUGAUUCUCUGGAAAUGCUCCUGCCUCCUCGACCGAUUGUCGUGGCCAAGACUCUGGUGCAGGCCAUUUGGAACGCAUAUGACAACGAGAAACCAGGCGGACCUUCGGUGCACUGGAUUGACGUUAUGGAAGAGAAUAACUUGCGGUCUUUGUUUGGAUAA